AUUUGGCACAGAAGCAUAGGCGCACAGAUCGCUCCGAGCGACAGAGGAAUUGCUGGUGUAUCUUGCGUCUCUGUCGCGGGUGGGACAAGGACGGAAGUUGCGCGGCUAAUUGACUUAAUGAGUGGUGUGUCGGUGCAAGUGACUGAGGGCUGCUGGGGUGAGACCUGAGACUGCGAGACACGUCGCUUGUGUGCGGCUAAACACCCGGUCACCGGCUCAGAGGCACAACUACAGCUGCAGCGGAGUGUGGAAGUGAGAUAGGCGGUGCGAACAAGUGUCGGAGGGCGCUAGAGCGGUGCACGACUGACUGGGAUAGCGCUACUAAGCGGUUUCGCAAUGUCGAUACAGUUAGAGGAAGAAUGCGACGGUGGAGAGCACCUGAGCAUCAGGACCUGGUCCCACUGAGUGGCGGUCCUUGGCACGACUGAGGCGGAAGAAGGGCACAUCGAGGAGAUAAGACUGUGACUCUGUGUGGUGUGAUAAUCGUGGGAUUUGUUUAUUGGAGAGAAGUCGCUCUUGAGACAAUGACGACAGUCUGAAAGCGUGAAGUUGAGCGGAAAAGCGACCAUUGGGAAAAGUGAAGUGUCUCGUUCUGAGUCAGCGAGUGUGUGGUUGUGCGAGUGUGUCAAAAAUUGCAGUCAUUAGUGAUUUAUUUUCGACUUAGCAUAGGAGGAACGGAGAAGUACACUAGAGACAAUAGAGUGAGAGAACUCGCGGGAUUCGACGGUGGAUUGAAUCGGAAGUGUCAACAGAUUGGGAGAUUUGGCCAGAGGGAGAAAGUAUAUAUGGUCGGCAGGUCUCAGACGUCUCGCCGUUGAGGAACUUCCGCUUCUCUUGUGGUCAGACAAAUACUGCGAGAGCGCAGGCGAGAGAGUGAGAGAGCAAGAAUAAGACCAAAACACCGUCGAGCGAGAUUUCACAGUUAUGCCCAAGUGUGUGAAAGUGACUCAAGCCGGAGGAUGUCACCAGAAAGUGCGUGAAGAGUGAACGGAGAGGCUGAGACGAGAUAGAGAGAUAAGACUUGGGGGCAAAAUCUGAGACAUUUGACUUGGGUGGAAGUUUCCGGACCUCCAAAUCAUCCGCUAAUCCGUGUGGCAAUUUAAAUCAUGCAGCGUCGAGCACUGGCGUCUCAGCAGAACAAAGAUGCUGCUGCCAGCAGAACUGCUGCAUCUGUGGCUAGUACCACGAGCAGCGCGUCUGGGGUGCAGAUGAAGAAGCCAGCAGCGCAGGAGGCGAAAAAAGUGCCCGCCGAGGAUGCAACGCUGUCUGAGGAUGCGAGUUCGCAGGCUUCUUCUACUCCUGGGCGCAGCACGCCAAGCCAGAAGGUGGAGGAGGAUGUCUAUGAAUUCAAGACAACACCGAAGGACUCCACAUCCGGCGGAAAUUCUUCAGAUGACGGAACUUCUGGUAAGAUAGAAGCGGGCGUGGAGAAAGCCGCGCCCGAAGAGAAGGCGUCAAGUGAGGACGCCAGUGUUUCAACGCCUGGAAGUUCAAGUGUCACUGUGAGUGUGACAACGGCUUCUGGCGGAUCUCAGGCAGCUGGGAGUGUUCAGCAGAAGCGUCCUUAUCAGGAGAUUGAGACAUCGGAUGAAGUGGUGGAUGAUGAGAUGAAGAGGAAGAAGAGGAAGGACUCGGAGACACUGACUAAGGAGCCAGCGCCGGGAAAGGUAGGAACACCCACAAGAAUGCCCCAAGCGUCAAAGACCGCUAAGCCCGUGGGGAAUGCCCAGAAAGCAGCAGGAGCGGCAGCCACGGCGAAGCCCAGCUCUACCAUUGAGAGGAAAAGUCCGUGCGCCAGUCCCAAGCCUCAGGCGCCGCCAACUGGCGCUUCAGGUGCAACUGGACAGACAACAACGACACUCUCAGGGAGUACGCCGACUCCUCUCGCGGGGACUCAGGCGGGAUCUGUGGGGAAACAGUCUGAGAGUGACUCAGAGACUGGAGAUGAAGCGUCGGCGAAGAAUCCAUCGGGUUUGGGGGCGGAAUCGGGUGGUUUUCCUGCGUCAGGGCCAAAAGUUCCUCCACUGAAGAUUGUCAUUCCUCAGCAGAGCUCCUCAGCUGACCCGGAGGCUAGUCUAAGGAAUGGCAAGAGUGUUUCAGCGAGAAAUCAUCCAGCUUUGCCGUAUGUUGUGGCGUCGAGCAACAGCAAUGAAGCGUCGGCGGACAAGGAGAGCUCCUCAUCGAGGUGCGCGAGUCCGACUGAGGUGGCCGGUGCAGCGGGGAAGACAGCGACUGGAGAGGAGAAGAAGCCUGUGCUGACUGUCGCUGUGGCGACUACAGGUGGAAGCUCCGCAGCGAGUAGCGGCGCUUCUGGACAGGGUACAGAUGACAGGGCACAGCCGAGAGUCCUCAGAAGCUCUCACAGGUCAGGAGGGACCUCUGGUGGAUCGGGUGGCCCAACAACUGACAGAGGAUCCAACAAUUCCUCACCACAAAUGCAGAACAGUUCUUCACCAUCUCCAGCGCCGCCUACUUCGGCAUCAGGAGUCAUGGAAGGAGGCGGCGGAAGCGCCACGAAUGGGAGUUCAGGAACCACUGGAAGCAAUGCGGGAACGAAUGCAAACGCUGCAACAGGAGGAAUCGCCAACGGUGGCACGAGCAGUCCCACAAAUGCCACAGCUUCUGUUUCUGGGAGUGCUUCGGAGACAGAUGGCGGUGGAAAUGCACCCAGUCCGUCCUCGGCCACUUCGUCAACUUCCUCAUCGACCGUCCAGUCGCAGAACACUGUGGAGUUGCAUCCCAGGAAGCGGAAGAUUCGCGCCAGCAAGGAGGACAGCAAAACAGUGACGAAUUCCUCUGCAGCGGGCGUGGUGAGUGGAUCUGGAGGCGCCACGGAGCAGCAAGAGAGUGUGUCGUCAACAGAGGUGCAUCCGCAUGAUCAGCCCAUCACGAAUUGCUACCAGAUGUUUCUCAAUAUUCGCAAGCAGAUCGAGAGGCGACAGAAGAAUCUGUUUCUGGUGCAGCCAAAGCCGCCGCAGGGCUUCAAGGAUUAUCUCAUGAAUCGUUGCACGUACGUGUUGGCCGGGAAGACAAACACGGAGCCCACCAUCAAUUAUCCGGUGAACAUUCCCAGCGCCAUGAAGGAGCAGUUCGCGGGGCAGGAGAAGGAGAGACACCGCCUCAAGAUGCAGCAUGUGGUGGAGAAGGAGAAACUGGUGUUAGCCGUGGAGCAGGAGAUUCUGCGGGUGCACGGCAGGGCAGCUAGAGCGUUGGCCAAUCAAUCGCUGCCCUUUUCGGUGUGCACAAUCCUCAAGGAUGAGGAAGUGUACAACAUGCUGACGCCCGAGCAGGAGGAGAAGGAUCGCAAUGCCAGAUCUCGCUACAAUGGAAGGCUCUUCCUAUCGUGGCUCCAGGACGUCGAUGACAAGUGGGAGAAGAUUAAGGAGGCGAUGCUGCUGCGUCACCACAAUGAAGCUGAGAGUCUUCACGCGGUUCAGAAGAUGGACUGGGAGUUCAAGAUGAAAGAGCUCUCUUUGUGCGAGUUCAAGGCAAAGCCCGUGAUUGAAGACUUACACGUGCCGAUGGUGCACGUGAGCGAUGACUUUGACCUUUUGCCACCGUAAAAUCCUCCCAUUUCACUGUCAGUAGCGUAAGAACCCAAAUCCCGUCUCUCUGUUUUAGCUGUAGGACUUCCAGGAGAUUUUCUUCAGUAGUGUCUCUGGGUUAAGCUUUACGUUGUAGUCUUCAUUUCCCCUCCCCCUUUUCCACUUCUCCCGCAAGGAGAUGCUAAAGUGUAAAUAAAGAUAGAAUCAAGA